AUGGGCAGAAAAACACAAUAUGACUUUGUGGGUCAGAAAAACGCUGAGAGAUGUAUGAACCUAUUGGUUAUUGGAUUCCUGAUCAUUGCAUUUCCAGUUGGAUAUUACAAACAACAGUUGUCUGACAGCGUCUUAAUAGUAUUGUUUGGCUGUCUAUUCGCUGCCCUUGUUGCACUACCACCGUGGCCAUGUUACCAUAAAAAUCCUAUUGACUGGUAUCAUGAAGAAACUAAAAGCAGCAAGAAAACGGACUGA